AUGAACGCUCAAGUCUCGUUCCUUGAAGGCACUUACACCCUCAUCCACAUACCCCUCGACCUCUACCCGACUCUCCUGCAGCCUCUCCUGCGCAUUCUCCUACCACAAACCCAGAGCCUCAACUUUUCUCGCGAUUCAAGAGAAUACGAGCUCGAAGGCCUUACCACAGAUUACCAGCAUGGCUUCCUCAAUAUUAGCAUCACUCCAAUCGAGUGCUCCGUCGUCUGUCACAGCUCAUGGGCCAAGAACGUCUUCGAGCCUGCUCUCAAUGCUCUACCGAAACCCCUAAAAAACACCGUCAAACUCUACAAGGACACAUACAUGAUCCUCGCCGUAACGAGUGCUGGCUUGGAUCCCGGCGGCCGGGUCAUGGAGCUCAGCUCGCCGCUGGCCUUUGCGGGCAUUCCCAUCUUCUUCAUCACCACGUAUUACUCCGACUUCAUCCUUGUCCCCACCAAGGAGAAGCAAAAGGUUGUGCAGGCCCUGUUAGCCAAGGGAUUCGAGCUCUCCGAGAACCAGUCCAACUUUGUCAACCCGUCCAUGUACGCCCCCAACAGCUCAGACACCGACCUGUCUCAGAAACCACCCAGCACCCCACCCCCUUCCAACGAUGACGAGCUUCAAGCACGGACCUUUAAGCUCCUCUUGAAGCACGACGUAAAAGCCCGCGUUGAGCCGGACCUGGAGCUCGUCCAGUGCUCCGGUCGCGAAAUAUCACCUCUCACCAACGCUUACGGCCAUCGGCCGUCCAUGAGUCGCAAGAGCUCAACCGACUACCGUCGCUCUUGGAUAAGCCAUGUUGACACAAAACUCUAUACGUGCAUCGUAUCUGCGCUCGUCUCGCAGCCUAGAUUCUUGUCUCUCACCCUUGCCCAAGAUGAUCCGCCGUCUCUCCUGCUUGACAAGGCCCUGCUGCCAAAUUUUGAUGACUCAUUGGUGGGUGACACCGAGGGCGUCUUGAUCCCCAUCUUCCUCGAUCUGGGCGGCCUGUCAUCCGAGUCCACCGGUAUUGUUUGCGGUGUUGCAGGGCGACUAGUCAAGGGCACAGACAUGGCCGAGAGUUCAGAGCUGUCCUAUCUCUCCACUUCUCGUGCCGGCACUGUCAUCUUAUCGAGAGUGCAAUCGAUACGAGCAUUGGAGAUUUUGAAUCCAUUGCUCACCAAAGGGUCAUGA